AUGCCCGGCGCAGUCAAAGCGACUACUGUGCGCGCGAGCGCUCUCAAUGGGAAUGGGAAGCUGAAGCGCCCAGUCGUUGACGACAGCGACUCCGACGAUGCACCCCUCAGCAGUCAGAUCGCGUCCACCAGUACCACUCCUUCAAAACCUAUGCCGAAGUCGAGGCGUAAGGUCAAGAAGGAAGACCUUGAGGACGAUUUGCCUUUUGCCGACUCUGAGGAGGACACGAAGACGCCCAAGAAGUCUUUGCCCCCGAAAAAGCGAAGAAAGGUCAAGGACGAGAGCGACACGGAGGUGGAGAAGAAGCCGGCAAAGAAGGCGACGAAGCGGGUGAAGAAGGAGGAGGACGUGUCAGAGUCUGAGAAGCCUCCGCCGAAGAAGAGAGGCAAGGCGAAGAAGGAGGAUGAGGACGAGAAGAAAGGUGAGAAGAAAGCGAAGGGAAAGGCAAAGACAAAGAAGGAGGAGGAGGAAGUCUUCAAGUGGUGGGAGCAGGAGGAUCCGAACGGUGAUGGCACACAGAAAUGGACGACCCUCGAACACAGUGGUGUUCUCUUCCCGCCACCGUAUGAACCUCUACCGAAGGACGUCAAGAUGAAGUAUAACGGCAAACCCGUGGACCUACCGCCUGCGUCAGAAGAGGUGGCUGGCUUUUAUGGUGCAAUGAUCGAGACCGACCACGCGAAAGACGCCACUUUCAACAAGAACUUCUUCCAGGACUGGCUCAAGGUCCUCAAAAAGAAUCCUCCUCGCGACGGAACGAAAAUCACGGAUUUCGAACGAUGCGAUUUCCGACCAAUGUUCGAGUUCUUCGAGGCAGAGAAGGCGAAGAAGAAGGCGCUUACCAGUGCUGAGAAGAAGGAGCUCAAGAAACAGAAGGACGAGGCCGAGGGUAAAUACACGACAUGCCUUCUCGACGGGCGUAAAGAGAAGGUUGGCAACUUCAGGGUGGAGCCUCCCGGUCUGUUCAGAGGACGAGGAGAUCAUCCUAGGAAGGGCGCAUUGAAGUUGCGUGUGGGUCCUGAGGAUAUCACCCUUAACAUUGGAGCAAACGCUACGAUUCCCACGCCUAACGUACCCGGGAAGUGGAAGACCGUUAUUCACGACAACACUGUGACUUGGCUGGCGACUUGGGUCGAGAAUGUUAAUGGCAACCACAAGUAUGUGUUUUUGGCAGCCGGGAGUUCGCUCAAGGGUCAGAGCGACAUGAUGAAAUUCGAGAAGGCCCGGGAACUCAAGAAUCACAUCGACCGUAUCCGCCAAGAUUACAACGAGGACAUGAAAAACAAGGUCAUGGCUCUUCGACAGCGUGCAACCGCUGUGUACUUCAUCGACAUCCUUGCUCUUCGUGCCGGUAACGAGAAGGGCGAGGACGAGGCUGACACCGUCGGCUGUUGCUCCCUGCGUUGCGAACACGUCACACUCGAACCUCCGAACUAUGUUGCUUUUGACUUCCUCGGAAAGGAUUCUAUCCGGUACUAUAAUCGUGUCACGGUCGAACAGCAAGUCUUCAAGAACAUCCGCAUAUUCAAGGACGGGAAGAAGGAUGAUGACGAUCUGUUUGAUCGUGUAAACGUGAGGCUGUUGAACAAGCAUCUACAGUCGUACAUGAAGGGUUUGAGCGCGAAGGUCUUCCGUACUUACAAUGCCUCGAUCACUUUCCAGAAGCAGUUGGACGACACCCCAGCGAAAGGCACUCUUCAGGAGAAGUUGAACCACUACAAUCAUGCAAACCGGAUGGUCGCCAUUCUCUGUAACCAUCAACGUGCCGCGCCGAAGACACAUGAGCAGUCCAUGGGCAAGAUGAAGGACAAGCUACGUGGGAUGAAGUACGACCGUAUGAAGCUCCGUCACGCCUUGUUCGCCAUCGAUUCGAAGUACAAGAAGCAGAAGGCCUACAAGGACGAUGAGUCUGACCUCGACGACGAUGAUAUCGCAGAGCACGAAGAGGGUUUGAAGGCGAAGGAGAUCGAGCGUGUGCAGAAGAAAUUCGCGAAGGAGAACGAGAAGCUGCAGGAAGACGGCAAGAGGCCUCAGCCGGAGUCAGCCCUGAAAGAGCGACUGAAGGAAGUCGAGGACGAGUUCAAGAAGCUGAAGAAGGAGAGAGGGACGAACAAGGCGACGUUUGCGCGUGCGAGGCCGGUGGAGAAGAUCGAGGAGAUGAUCAGCAAGUUGGACGAGAGGAUGAAGACGUUCAAGUUACAGAUGUUGGAUCGUGAGGCGGGUAAGGAAGUCGCUCUUACGACGAGUAAAAUUAACUAUCUAGACCCUCGUAUCACUGCGGCAUGGUGCAAGAAACAUGACGUACCAAUUGAGAAAAUUUUCUCGAAGACGCUCUUAACGAAGUUCCCCUGGGCUAUGGAGGCCGACGAUGACUGGCAAUUCUGA